AUGGACCAAAUCACAGGUACAGGACACGGAAUAGGGAAAUGUUUGGCGAUGCAGUUCGCUGACUUGUGCGCCAAAGUGGGGUGCGUCGACAUCAACGCGGAGACCACAAAGGAAAUCAACUCUAAGUGGAAAGGAAAAGCUAUCGCUUACACAUGCGACGUGUCGACGUUGGAAAAAGUCAGAAAGCUAGGCGAGAAGGUCAAGAGCGAAGUUGGCACUGUUACCAUUCUGGUUAACAACGCAGGGAUAAUGCCAUGUAAACCUCUCGAGGCUCACGACGAAAUCACCAUAAAAAAAAUAUUCGAUAUCAACGUGUUUGCUCAUUUCUGGAUGCUCGAUACAUUUUUUCCCGAAAUGAAAGCGAUGAACAAAGGACAUUUAGUCUUCUUAUCGUCAAUGGCUGGUAUAAUUGGCUUGAAAAACGUAGUGCCUUACUGUGCGUCCAAAUUCGCAGUGAGAGGUUAG